AUGACUUUCAUUGACCCCGAAAUCCGGGCUUCGUCCCCUCCAAGCCCAGAGCCGUUUGAGAAGCCGGCAGCUGCAUCCCUGCCAGAGGAGCUGCCCGGUACAGUAUUCCUCAUCUCUGCUGCUGGCAAAGUCCUCAAGCUUCCCAUCCCUUCCGAAUCGACCCGUGAUCCUCUCAACUGGACCCCGGCCCGACGCGUCGCCGUCUUCAGCGCCCUGAUGUUCUAUACCGCUGUGUGUUUCUUUGAGAAUAAGCUGCCGGCAGCGCUCAUGGGAGCCUUUCAUCACGAGUUUGAUCCAGAGAACUUUGGUAUUAUGGCUGACUAUCUAUAUUUGCAGGGCGUAUUGUAUAUUCUGGACGCUACAUUUGUCAACGAACGACCCUAUGCCCUGGCUCUCUACUGGUCAAUCACUACCGGCUUGAUCAGCAUGCUUCUUAUUCCCUUGCCGUACAUCACUGACACGGCCGUCAACUGGAAGCCAGUCUACAGGGUGUGGAUUAUUCCCUGCGUCAUAUCUUUGCUUGUCAUUUACUUCUUCAUCCCGGAAAGCUUUUUCCUUCGCCCCGCUGUUGCCAUGGAUGGUCGCAUCCUCACGCAGAGCUCCUCGGAAACCGUCCGCAUCUACGACAACUGGGAGGAUCUUGAUGCAGAGGGCAGAGACCCCCACAGAGAGCUGGCCGACGAACCAAAGUCUUCGCUCCGCCGACAGUGUCUCAAGGUUACCAGAGCUAUCGGCACGGAGUGGAAAGCAGCCGGCGCCAUCUACAUGCAAAUGCUUCUUUGCUUCUGCAACCCACUUGUCCUCUGGGUCAGCUUGUGGGGCGCUGCUGUUCUCUGCAAUGUGGUCUUCCUCAACCUCACCCAGGUUAUGUUUCUUUCCAAGACUCUCGAGGGCGAUGAUUUGCGACUCAUGAACACCUUCUUCGGCAUCAGCGGUGGCGUCUCGUCCGUGUUUGCUUACUUUGCCUCCGGCCCCCUCAUUGCCCGCUGCACGCGCCUCUUCACGGCUCGCUCGGGCGGUACGCGCCAGGCCGAAGUCUACCUCGUCGGCUUCAUGAUUCCCGUCGUCGCCGGCGCCACGAGCAUUGGUCUCCACGCGGCUGCCAUCACCAACGAGUGGCCCCCCGUGGCGCACUAUAUCAACUUUGGCCUCGCCAACUUCAGCUUCAUCUGCGGCUUCGUCGCCACCAUUAUCUGGAUCACCGAGGCUUUCCCUCCCUGGGCUUCUGCCUCUCUCUCUACCGAGCUCUUUACCCUCACCGUUCUGGCUUCCGUCCUCGCUCUCAACCUUGGCGAGUGGGCAAAGAGCGGCAACAUCCUCGGCCCCUGCGCCGUCCUCGUUGCCCUUCUCGUCCUCAUGGGCGUUCUCGCCGUGCCUUUGGCCUUCUGGGGAAAAACUGUACGUCAGUAUAUCCACGGCAAGUGGAGCCAGAACGAGAAGGGCGCCAUCCGCCCGCAGUAA